UGCAGCAGCGUUCGUACAGAAUCAAAUCCCACUACCGCGCGAAUUGUCUCUCUCCAAUAGUACAUAACCGCUUGAUGCAGCCACCAUAACCGCAUUCCACUCACAACAGAUUUUCUCUUCCAUUUCCUUUCACUUUCACACACAAAAGUCCAAAAUGCCCUCCAUCGUCAACCGUAACCGCUUUAACACUCACGACGUUUACACCGUCAACUUGCACGGAAACGAAAUCAAAGUAACCGUCACCGCCGUUGCUUCCGUCGUCAGAAAAUGGAUUCAUUCAGCAAUUUACUUCCGCCGCCGCUACAUCCGCCAGAACCGUCUCAUCGUUGGCCUCGGCGUUCAAUGGACUCCCGGCGCCGGCAUUCGUGAUCCUCCGGCUGACACUUUACAGCUCUGCAUCGGUCACCAUUGCUUAAUCUUCCAACUAGCUCACGCUACCUACAUUCCAAAGAGUCUCCAGAACUUUCUUAAGAAUCCUGAUCACAUUUUUGUAGGUUUCUGGAAUCAUUCUGAUCGUGAGAAGUUGGAGUCGUUGAAUCGCGGUUUGAAGAUGGAAGAAGAUCCGUUAGAUCUGAGGCGUUACGCUGUACCUAAGGAUCCAAAUGAUAAUGAAAACCUACGUCGUGCUUCGGUGGAUGAAAUCGUUGAGAAAUGUCUUGGUUAUGAAAUUGAACAGAGUGAUGAAAUUGGAAGAAGUGAUUGGGAUGAUGAAGUUCUGAGUGAUGAACAAGUUGUUUAUGCCAGUGUUGAUGCUUACUGUGCUUUCUGCAUUGCGAAGAAUGUCAGAAUUUGGAGGCUUAUUUGA